GGAGGGCCGCAAGUUAUCCACCACCAGCCACCACUUUCGUGAUUUUAGCAUCUGCCAUUUUAAUUACCUAAGCCCUCAACACAUCCUUCAUAGGAACAAACAACAGUGAACUACGUGACAAUUUGGCCAGAAUCCAAGAUGGCGGUCCGGGCAGGCAUAGAUGUCAUGACGUCACUACGGAUCGCAGAGGCCCUCCAACCAAACCGGAAAUCCCACUUACUCGGAAGCGGAAACGACAGACCGGAAGUACCUUGUGGACUUCGGCGGCACGCUGUCUCCAUCCCUAGCUCGGUAACCCUGACUAAGCCCGCGAAAGGGGAUUCGGCCAAUCAGGAGGCUGCGAUCACAAAGUCAGAGCCAAUCGCCGCUCGGCAUCCGUAAACGGAGUCAAAUUCUGCGAUCAGAGCACCGGGUCAGAGCGAGGAGACAGCGGAGACAUGUCCCUAACCUGCUACAGUGAGUACUCAGAGCGGCCCUAUAGCCAGUCCGCGUCAUUACAGUGUGUGCUCUCUCUAACCGGGAACGUGUCCGCUGUAUUCAGUGCUUAGUGGUAAUACCUUAAAGGGACACUCCAGGCACCACAACUACUUCAUCUAAAUAAAGUUGUUAUGGUGUCAGGAGGCCCCCAGACUCACUAUCUCAAGAGGUUAAAUCGUACGGCCACCGAGAGGCUCGUUCUCUUUAAGGUCAAUUGAACCCCGAAUUUCAAAGUUUAGGCCCAAAGUGCUUGAACUCAGCUACAUCAAAGUAUAUAGUGUCCUAUUGGGUAUCAUAACACUUCUAUUUUAUUAUUUAUUUUUUUUAACACAAAUGUGUGCAACAGUGAGAGGGAGAGCUAUGUUUCUCUUGCAGGCACUAUGUGGCACUCUUUUUGAGAAUUCCAAGUUUAAAAGACCACAAUUUAUUUAAAAACAUACGUAAAAGUUCUUACAUCAAAGUAAGGUGCCAUCAGCAAGGAAUUUCGCAUGGAAUCCACACACAACGCGUUUCAACUUAAGUCUUCCUCAGAUGUAUCACCUGAGACUUAAGUUGAAAUGCGUUGUGUGGAUUCUGUGGGAAAUAUUCCUUGCUGAAGGCACCUUACUUUGAUGUAAGAACUUUCAGGUAUUUUUUUUUUUUUUUUUAACUAAAUUGUCUUUUUAACUUGGAAUUUUCUCAUUCUCUCAUAUGGUGGACACAUUCAUUGGACUUUGUCUAAUCCACGCUGAUUUACCUGAGCCAGUGUUCCACAGGCUCAGUAACCUCUACCAUCUUUUACAGCUGUAUCUGAUAAAGAAAAUAUAUAAGGGUAUUUAUACCAUCUUAUACGUGUUAUACUCACCCUUUCACUGUGUAUAGUUGGUAUUUUCUCACAGUGUGCGCCACCCACAAUAUGUUCUAUGAUUGUAUGGUGGAAUUAGGUGAUUGAUUUCACAGUGGGGUUGGACGCACCUUCCUGUUUAGCACAUCUUGUGUGCUGCACUCUGUUUUCUUUUUGUUCAAGACAAAUACUAUAUGAGUUAUUUUGCUUAAAUCACACCUGAACGAAACGGCAAAUAAUAAAAUACUCUAAAAUACACCUUUACCUACCACUUCUUGCUUUACAAUGCAGUAUGGCUACUCCUGACCUUCUGUCUUGCUAGACACGUGUGAUUUUUAUUUUUUUUAUUUCCUUACUGGCUUAUUUAUUAAAGUAAGAAUUCACAUUGACUUUCAAAUGUAAUCGCAAAAUAGCUGAAUGGAAAGCACAGCUGACAUAGAGAAUGUUUCAAGUUUGGCUGUUUUGACCUUAAAUUUGAAAUUUACAUUGAAUUCUCACUGUUGGUAUAUUUCAACAUUUUGGGUAAUGUUAUUGAUUGGUAACCAUUUCUGUAUAAAUGUGUGUUCACUAUUGUAUAUUGUGUGACAUUCCCUGUCUCUCUUAUUCAGUCAGCAAUGAGGUCACUGACCGCCCCUGUGUCUCCCCACUUUCGGGUCAUGUGUUUGAUCGUCGUCUCAUUGAGAAGUAUUUGGCUGAAAAUGGGACAGAUCCUGUGACUAAUCAGCCACUAAGUGAGGAGCAGCUUAUAGACAUCAAAGGUCAGUUACUAUCAUCUCUAUACAUUCUAAGAACAAAUUCUUGAUACUCUGGUCACAGAAAAUGAAGAACCAGGUUGUGCCUAACAUAAAUUCUUAUACGUGUAUAUUUAACAGUGACAAGAUGAGAGUUCCAAUCUUUGUUAGUAUCUUGGUAUUUCUUUUUCUGCGCUGCUUAGUUGUGACAUGUAGGGGAAACAAAAGUGAUGGUAAUAUGUCAAUACACGUGCUUACCCUUCAUACCAGCUCAGGUAUAACCAGUGUAUGGCAGUACAAUCCUAGCUCUGAGUUCUUGAGUGUGGAUUGUACACUUAUAUGCUGGUUACACUAGAGCUUGUAUGAAUACUGAAUUUGAGUGAGCAAUUCUUAUCCCUUACUUUACUAUCCACUUGGUUUAAAACAUUAACCUUUUGGACCUUCUAUUGGUUUGCGACCUUAAAAAUGUGUUUUGUCUCUUAAAGUACUUGCCUCUGACAUACGUUUUAAUUCAUUUUCAGUUGCUCAUCCAAUUCGUCCCAAGCCACCAUCUGCUACAAGUAUCCCAGCAAUCCUGAAGUCUCUGCAAGAUGAAUGGGUAAGUAUUUUUUUUUUUUUUUUGUGCUCACCUUUGCUAUGUGUAUAAACACUUCUUCUAUUGUCAACACUGGAUUAACAGAAGACACCCAGGGUUAUUUAUGAACGUGAGAAUUUAAAGUGUUUCAAAUUAUGACUAGAGAAGCUUAACUGAAGCAUAGCAGACUCAGAAAAUGUUUCCAGUUCAUUUGCUGAAAGGUUUAGAUCCGAAGUAGGAGUAGUGGGGAAAAUACUGCUCAGAAGUCAUAAUGUGCUUUAUUGAUCUGAGUGAGAGGAUAAAAAUCUGCUUGUCGACGGUAUCGUUGUAGAUGCAGUUUUUUUGGGGGGUCAACAUUGUGCUAUAAGCUAAAGGUUUUACUAAUGCUGUCUUUCAGGUAGUUGUCAGCUCUUGUGUCAGUUAUGGCCUGGAAAGUUAAAAUAGUCUUUACCAAACUGUAUUCCACUUUAGAUGUGUAAAGAUAACUUGGAGGUAGUGACUGUUUUGCAGUUUGGUAAAGUUUUGACUCUUAGGAAUAUUGGCGAUUGUGGUGUACAGGUUAACCAGCGCACUAGUGAUAUUAACCCCUUAUGGACACAUGACGGAAAUAUUCCAUCAUGAUUCCCUUUUAUUCCAAAUGUUGUGUCCUUAAAGGGUUAAGAUUCUAUUGUGUUUUUGUAUUAAAUCUGCAAGUAAAACAAAGCAGCCUUUAUACUAAAGACCUUUUCCUAUCUCCUAAUUGUUAAACAUUUUAUCUUACGUGGGUAAGUCACUGGAAUACUCUGAGCUGUAAUUCUUUUGUGUGCUUAACACUAAAGAAAAUCUAGAAUGCAAAUAAACUUUUCUCUCCAGUUUAGAGGUAAUGCAACAUUAUGGAUAGCACCAUUUCCUUCUCAGGGGAAAAAAAAGGAAUGACUUUAUAAUAAUAAAAAAAAAACACAAACUUUAAAAGGUAAAGCCCAUCCUCUUACUUUUCCUCUUUAGACUAUAAAAUCCCUAAAAUACAUAAAUUCCCCGGUUGUCUGGCUGCCUUUGGCAGGGUAGGUAUGUAGGACUCCCGUUGCUUUCACAGGCGAGGUGAGAUGGCUACGGUCGGGGCGUGCUCUGCUCGUGGGUUCGCUUCUUCCCUCUUUGUGCGUUUGAAUGCACGCAGGGUGCCUAUGUUCCAUGCUAAUGUAACUUCCAUCCAAUCCGUGCCGGAAGUGGCGUUAGUGUUCUAGGGUACCCUGCUGGAAGGUCCUUAAGUAACGAUGCAUUCCAACUAGAUAUUGCAAUCUGCAUUGUGAUCUCUGCGAUUGGCACCAAAUUCAAACAGGAAGGACCUUGGAGACUAUUUAACCCCCAGCCACAACUAUCUGCCAGUCAGGUGCUGUUCAGCUCUGUUGUAGGUGUGCUCUCACCAGCCCUCCAGCGUAUCUAGAGGCCAUUUAAGGUAAGACUAUCGGCUUUUACCUUUUUUAGAUCUAUGUCCCCCGUCGUCGUCCCCCCCUUUUUUAGCAUUGCUGGCUAUUUCUUUCUUUUCAGUAUAUCUAAUCCUGAAGCUUCUGAGAAAUUUGUGGUUCAAGGGAAAUGUAUCUCCAAAUUCAAGUGUGUGCAGCUUGCAUUCAUGCCAUGCAAAAUGAUUAAACAGAUAUGCAGUUUUUGAGGCAGCGGAUGUAUCAUUUCUGUCAUGGUCUUCAGUCCAGUCUCCUCUCCUCUUUUACUCCUAAACCUGAAACACAAGGUCUUCACAUAAAAAUAAUAAAAUGAAACAUGAAGUAUAUUCUGACUACAUUUUAGAUUCCUCUGCAUCAUCCUAUGAAGAUUCAGACGUCACACCUGAUGAAGAUUUUGCUUCCCUUGAUGAAUGUUUGCAUAAGUUUAUCAAGGAAUUUUCUUUUCUAAUGGAAGAAAAAGUAGAACAGUGCAAACACAAGAUGAUGACACUUUUUUUCCUUUCAUCCUAAGACUAAAGAUCUCCUGCCCAGGGAGUGGAGAUAUCCUCACAGGAAGCCUUUCCAACCAUGCACUUUAAUACGAUAGGUAACGAAUACCGCACAGAGUAAACCCCUGAUUGCAGGAUCUUUGAUUACUAAAGCACAACGCACAUGGCUGGAUUCACUGCAAAAAUUCCACAGUGGCCAGAAGGACUAUCUGACUUAGAGGUUGGUCAGUGGACUCCCCUUCUAAACACUGUGUAUGUGGUCUUCCUUUUGAACAAGUCAGGCUUUCCAGUUCUCAACUGUAUCAUCUGCUUAAACAAAGUAGAAGAGGUAAAAGGUUCUGACAGAUGAGAAAAAGAAACAAAGAUAGUGAUUUUUUUUUAUUUAUUUUUUUAAACCAAAACAGAUCUUUAUAUAGACAUUCUUUUUUCAGGUCCAAUUGGCACAUCUAUUGAGAUCCCUCGAAGGGAAUUCGGUUUCUGGGCCUUAAUAUAGAUUCGUCUCUCAUUAAGAUUUUUCUACCCACAGAAAAGAUAUUAAUGUUGGCCUUGUCUUCACUGUGAAAGAAAGCAGUUUUUUCCAUAAGGUAGGCAAUGAGUCUACUGUAGCCAUUCCAGCCGUCCUCUGGGCAAGUGCAAGUAUGUUACAAUUACAGAAAGAGUCAAUUAUCUCUGGGUCUCUUAAUGACAAUCUGUCCUUUAACAGUAAAAAGCUUCAGUUGGUGGGAACACUCCAUGAUCAUUUUGGAAGGCCUAUUCUUCAGAUUGAGAGAAAACUCUUCAAAACUGAAUCAUCCAUGUUUUCGAUGGGCUCGAAAAUCAACAGAAAAGUCGAAAAGUUUGCUUGGAUCAACAGUUCAGACCAGACAGACUACUUAGACGCCCUAGCGAUUCAUCGGGAUCUUAAACUGACAUACAUCCAUCCCCUGGUCCUCUUGAGUCCUGCAGAAGAUAGUCUGGGACAGAGCCACAGUUUAAGCUAUAACUCCUUUCUGUCCCUCGUAAAGUUGGUUUUCUAUUCUUAUGAGUCUGUCCUAAGGAAACUUCUGUCUGUGAAUCUUCUGGAAUACUACAUAGUGGAUCCACAGACCUUAACAUCUUUCAACUUCACAGCAUGGUUUCUGACCGGCAAAUACUGAGUUUGAACAUUUUAAACCAUGAAAUUAUAGAUCGUUUUGUGGCAGCCAAGAAAGAAUGCAUCAGUAAAAUUUCUCCCUAUUAUUCCAACUCUACUUGGUAUUAAGGUUAAUCCCAUCACAGCUGAUGUCCCUUGCCUUCUGAUUUAUCUUUAUCUUGACUUCACUAUAGAUUUAGGUCUAGCUUCUCUCUGUUAAAGGAGCACUAUAGGGUCAGGAUAACAAACAUGUAUUCCUGACCCUAUAGGGUUAAAACCAUCUAGCCACCCUGUCCCCCUCAUGCCUUCCUAGAAAUAGUAAAAUCUUACUUGUAUUCAAGCCUGAAGCUGUAACUCUGCAUGCUGUUUGCCUCAGAAAAACAAGCAGUCUGGAUCAGGAUUCCACUUCUGAUGUCAGCAAUCACAAUGAUUCCUCAUAGGAUUGACUGAGACUGACAAAGAGGCAGAUCACGGGCAGAGCCAGCACAAUUCAAACACAGCCCUGGUCAAUCAGCAUCUCCUCAUAGAGAUGAAUUGAAUCAGUGCAUCUCUAUGAUGAAAGUUCAGUGUCUGCAUGUAGAGGGAGGAGAUACUGAAUGUUUGGAUGCAUUUUAGGCAGCCAUGACCCAGGAAGGAUCUCUAACAGACAUCUAAGGAGUGGCCAGUGAAGUUAUCACUAGGCUGCAAUGUAAACACUGCAUUUUCUCUGAAAAGACAGUGUUAACAGCAAAAAGCCUGAAGGGAAUGAUUCUACUCACCAGAACAAAUUCAAUAAGCUAUAGUUGUUCUGGUGACUAUAGUGUCCCUUUAACCCCUUACGGACACAUGACGUGUGACAUGUCAUGAUUCCCUUUUAUUCCAGACGUUUGGUCCUUAAGGGGUUAACCCUUUAAGGACCAAACUUCUGGAAUGAAAGGGAAUCUCUGCAAUCAGUUUUACUCCAUGAGAGAUUUAGCUUCUGAUCCCGUUGUAGCCAAAUUUUUUAGAGCAGUAUUUAAUUUGUGCUUCCUACAAUAAGAUAAUUCAUUCUGCAUUGGGAUCUUAAUUUGUGCUGUUACAGAAUCGCCUUUUGAGUAUUAUAACCUGUAAAACGGAGGCAUACACACACACUUUCUCAAACACUCACACAUUUGGGAGAGCAGAGUGGACUUUCCCUGGGGUCCAGUGGGGCCGGGGUCGAAAUGACAUCAUAUUCCAGCUCCCGGCAUCAUUAAACCGCGCGAGGGAGCAGAGCGGAACUGCAGUAAAAUCACUGCUUCCUCGCUCGCUGCCCCAGCCAGCUGCCUCCAUAAUGCCCAGGGCGGCGGGCUGCAACGCUCACUCAACCGGCCAUCUCCAUGAAGCUCAGGGUGGCCGGCUACAACGCUCACUCAUCCGACCGCCUACAUGCUCCAGCAGGUUGACAACCAGCUCCAUUAUUUGCCCAGCCGGGUGUUUUAGAUAAGGAGCUGGCAAAUCAUAGACGCCAGGGCAAAAUUUUUAGUUGCCAUGGCGACCUGGAGCCUUGGAUUUGUAGAGCCGUGUGUGACUAACCUAAUGUUCCUCAACCUGCCUCCUCUGCAUCUGAAAGCUCAUUCUACCAGAGCAGUUUCUAAUUACAGAUUAGGCAUACAGGCCUCUGAGGAUACUCUUUGGGUGCUCUACCUAUUUAAUAAACCAUUUUUGCCUGAUUUUGGCUUGUGUACUUUCUGGGGCAUUUUUGUUUUUCAGAGAUUUCUUUUUUUAUAUAGUCUAAAGAGGAGAAAGAUUCCUGCCUUUUGCCAAAAGGAAAUGGUGAUGUCACGAAUGUUAAACUGCCUCUAAUUUUAAGAAAAAAGAAAGUUAAGGGAAGUAACUUAUUUUUUGUAUCCGUUGUCUAAAAAAAGUAAGUUUGUUUUUCCCCUACUGUUAGGAUGCUGUGAUGCUCCACAGCUUCACGUUGCGGCAGCAACUACAGACUACUCGUCAGGAGUUGUCUCAUGCACUCUACCAGCAUGAUGCUGCUUGUCGUGUCAUAGCCCGUCUUACCAAAGAGGUGACAGCUGCUCGUGAAGGUAUUUUUAUUUUUUAAUUUCCAGAUUAAAAUAUUAUGUGCAGUUUAAUAGUUGUGCUUUUAUUGUAUGCUAUAUUCUCAUAUAUUUCCUAAAGCAAUAUUUAAUUUAAAAAAAGUAACAGACUACUUUUACAUGCAUGUUUAAAAUUGAUUCUUAAUGCUGAUCACACCAAAAACGUGUAGGUGUAAUUUUCCAAAACCGAAUCUUCACAAGUAUUGUGUAUAAGCCCUAAGGCUCUUAAAUUUGUCACACCUUGGUAAACGUAUUUGGUCAAAUCGUAAGUAUCUUUAGAAGACCGUGGGACAUGUUAUUGCUGGUAAAUGAAAGCUUUUCUUUUGUUAUUAAACAAUAUACACAGAAAAUUAGGAAUACUAAAUGCAAUGACUACAUUAACUGUAAAUAAUGCAAUAAUGUGGUGUUUUUCCCUUCAGCUUUGGCUACUCUGAAGCCUCAGGCUGGUAUAUCCGUACCUCAAGCCAACCCAACACCGCAGGCUGGAGUAGCUGUAAGUACUGCCUGCUUUGAAUUUAUUCCACUUAUCUAUUUUUACUCCCUUUAAUCCUAAAUUUCUAAAUUGCUGCUUUUGUCUCCAUUUCAUUGUAGGGCUCAGGAGAAGCCAUGGACCUUGGUGAACUGGUGGGAAUGUCAGCGGAGAUCAUACAGAAGGUAUAUAUUUUUAAAAGGAUGAUUGUGCCACCAUGGCAACUCUUCAUAAGAUGAAAACCAUUCUACUGUAGGUUCUCAGACAAUGCUAUCUUACAUUUACUGAAUUCUUCUCUUAUUGCAGCUUCAAGACAAAGCCACAGUUCUUACUACGGAGCGUAAGAAGGUAAAUGAAAAAUGCUGUGUUCUCCUGCUCUGUUGAUCUGAUUUCAGAAAGGAUUUUAACCUAUGUUCUGUGUUUGUUUUUCUUCUCAGCGUGGUAAGACUGUUCCAGAGGAUCUGGUCAAACCAGAAGAACUCAGCAAGUAUCACCAGGUCUCCUCUCAUGUGGUAGGUCCAUGUGUUCUUCUCUUCAAAAUCCAGAUGGUCUUGCACAUAACUUGCAUCCAUUUUACAAUUUCUUUUCAUCAUUUCAGGGUCUACACAGUGCAAGUGUCCCUGGAAUCUUGGCUUUGGAUUUGUGUCCAACCGACACCAACAAAACACUUACAGGUGGGGAUAUCUGCGAAUCAUUCCCAUACUGUGGUAGAACUUUGCCUGUUUAAUCCUCAUUAGGAUAUGAUCUCUUUGUGGAUACUUCUUCUUGCAAACGCCAUGGUAGAAAUGUAUAUUUAAGAAAGGGAAAAAUGUUUAAGAAUGACAAGGCUCAAAAUGUCAAGUCCUACACUACUUGCCAAACCACCUUGCCUAUGUAAACUUUCUCCUGUAAGGUAACUUCUAAGAAUGGACAAAGAAGCAGCAUGCACAGUGGACUCCAUAUUUGUGAACUUUUCCACCUAUAUAGCAGCAAAGACCAGGAAUAUAGUGGGGAGGGGAAUGAAUAACUUCUCAGCUCUAUUUGCUAGAAAUUUGUUGAGAACAAAUUAUAGAUGGUAAUGCAACCAUGUUUUCCACGAUAAUAAUAGAGCAUAAAUACUUUAAAGGAACACUAUAGUCACCCAGACCACUUCAUCUUAAUGAAGUGGUCUGGUUGCUGUGUCUUUGUCCCUUAACCAUACUAUGUAAACCAUUGCAGGUUUUGAGAAAUUUGCAGGGUUGGGUGCACCUCUAGUGGAUCACAGUAUGAUAAUGGAGCCAUUAACGCUGUAAUGGCAGAGUAAAACUCUCAUGUAGCGUUGACUCAGGGCUUUCCUAUGGGAACGUGUAAAUGCUAGCAUAUGCAUUGGGUCACCAAUGCUUCUCUUUGAGAAGCAUCGGCAGAGGUGGCCAUUCCUCUUCUGUGAUGUUGUGGAGAGGUAAGCAGCGUUCAAGGAUGCCUCAGCGCUGGAAAAGGUAACAUUUGUUUGCACUGGGGAAUUGCUACAAGUCUGGACAGGAACUGUAUGUUACGAAAACAGAUUUGUAUUCUUAAUGCUAUAGUGUUCCUUUAACUUACCCAUGAUUGAGAUCAAAUCAUAGAUAAUGUAAUCAUGUAGUAAGCCAUUUAAUAAAUUAAUCACAAUUACUUCACUGUUUUUCAGUUUUUGGGCAGCCUUGCACAACUACAUUUAUGAAGGAAAAAAUAGGAACUUUAUCCUAUAAAUUUGUCUUUCUGAAAGUUAUGCAAGGAUUUGAAGUACUUGCAUAGGUUGUAUAAGGGUUGCGUAGUAGGCAAAUUUCUACAAUCUCUACAGAACACUUAACUGACAGUACGUUUAAUUCAAAUAAGCUGCUGUUUUCAAAAGUUCUUUGGAUCCUUCCAGGCAAAUGGGGGGUAAAAAUUAGGGCCCCUAAAUGUAUUUAUAUAUAUUUUGUUUCUCCUUUUCAUCAUAGGUGGAGCAGAUAAAAGUGUUGUUGUGUUUGAUGCUCUUUCUCAGCAAAUCCUUGCCACUCUUAAAGGUCAUACCAAAAAGGUCACCAAUGUUGUGUUCCAUCCUUCUCAGGUAUAAAAGAUGGAUAAGUCUAAUUGUAUAUAAUUAGACUUUGUUUUUUGAUGACCCUGACAUUAGUUUUCCGGAUUUGUUUGUUCCCUUACAGGAGCUGGUGUUUUCUGCUUCUCCAGACUCUACUAUAAGAGUGUGGUCUGUUCCAGAUGCCUCGUGUGCUCAAGUUCUGAGAGCUCACGAAGGGGCAGUAACUGGUCUAAGUUUGCAUGCCACUGGAGAUUAUCUGCUGAGUUGUUCAGAUGAUCAGGUAAGGAACACACUAGUCUUUCUCUUUCCUGCAUGUUGUUACCUGCAGAGCAAAGGUUGACAAACCAUGAGCCUCCCCAAAAAAAUAAUUCUAAUGCCAAGCGUGUUUAGGCAUUUUAUACUUGUACGUACACCAUCUAGGUUCUUACUAAAGUAGGUAAUUCUUGCAAGUUCUUAAAUCUUCAUUAUGUAAGUAAAAUGAAAUCUAUUACCCUCUUCAUUUCAGUACUGGGCGUUCUCUGAUGUUCACGUGGGACGUGUUCUCACCAAAGUGACUGACGAGGCAUCAGGCUGUGGUAAGUACAAAGUCUUCCUUUCUAGAAACACAUUGAUUUUUUUUUUAUAUAUUCGUCUUUCUUACACAAACAUCUUACAUCUGCAGCUCUCACGUGUGCUCAAUUCCACCCCGAUGGUCUCAUCUUUGGCACGGGGACAAUGGAUUCACAAAUCAAGAUAUGGGAUCUUAAGGUAAAACAUUUAUUCAUUUGCAAUUUUUAAAGGAUCACUAUAGGGUCUGAAACACAAACCUGUAUUUCUGACCCUCUAGUGUUAAAAACGGCAUAUAGCCCAUUGGGUCCCCUAAAUAUAUUAAAAUCUAACCUAUUUCAGUCUGCUGCUGGCUCUGCCCCUGAGCUGCCUGCUUGGCUGACAUCAGAAGUGGUGAUUUGAGCCAAUCUGGAGCACAGCCAGUACAAACCAAACACCGCCCUGGCCAAUCAGCAUUUCCUCAUAGAAAUAGUGGAGAUACUGAAUGUCAGUGCUGCAGUGUGCAGCAGUUCCCCAGGAAGCACCUCUAUCAGCCAUAUGAGGAGUAGCCAGUGGAGGGAGGUAUCACUAGGCCAGUGAUGGCUAACCUUGACACCAUAAAUUGUUUCUGGACUUCAUUUGCCACGAUGCUCAGCUAGCUUUUAGACUCUAAAAGCUAGCUGAGCAUCGUGGGAAAUGUAGUCCAGAAACAAUUUAUGGUGUCAAGGUUAGCCAUCACUGCCCUAGGCUGUAAUGUAAACACUGCCUUUUCUCUGUAAAGACAGUGAUGACUGCAAAAAGCCUUGGAGGGACUUAUUAUACUCCCAGAACAAAUACAAUAAGCUAGUUGUUCUGGUGACUAGUGUCCCUUUAGUUCACUCAAGGGUAGAUCUCAAUAAAAUUCUAACUUUUUAAAAUUAACCUUAUUACACCCCUGGAUGUUUAGACAACCUUACUAGUUACUUCCUGAUUGUUUAUCUUAGUGGAGUUAAAAUCAAGAGGCAGCUAUUUUUUCAGAGCGCCUGCCUUGCAAAGACUUCUCAUUUAGCUGCAUUGGGAAGUAUUUCAUUGUAUUAGAUUGAUUUGGAGGAAGAGGGCUUCAAACAAGAGAGCUGCUGCUUUUGCAAGCUGUUUUAGAUUAACCACAAUGAAAAAUAUGCAUGCAUUUUUUUUCUUAUGCUGGGUAUAUCUACUAAACAGUGAUUUUUAGUUUUUUUGUUUUUGGGCAGUAGUGUCUCAUAAAUUGAACACAUGUAAUCUUAUUUAUUUGCAUAUACAACGAUCUCCCUUAUUCUGAAUUUUUUUUUUUUUUUUUUUCCUUCUUUGCUCCUUUACCAUCUUCCUUAGGAACGAUCUAAUGUGGCAAACUUCCCUGGUCACUCUGGCCCCGUCUCAUGUGUUGCAUUCUCCGAAAAUGGGUAUUAUCUGGCUACCGCAGCUGAUGAUUCCAGUGUUAAACUCUGGGAUUUGAGGAAACUGAAAAAUUUCAAGACACUGCAACUAGAGGAUGGAUACCAGGUACUAUUCAAUGUCCAGGGUGACUGCCACAAGUAAACAGGGCUUUCCUACCUUUUUUGUUUGUUGAAAUACUUAAAGAAACAAACAAGUGACAAUGAUACCCAGGUUUGUGGCCUUGCAGCUGAUGUAGACAGGCUGCAUCCUUAGUGAGCGGACUUCCUCUAUUACUCCAAUGGCCACUGACUUGUGGUAGUAUAUGAAUAUGAUACUGUAUCGUGUGUGUGUGUGUAUAUAUAUCAAAUAUAAUCUCGAAUGGAUUAGAGGUGGGCACUCUGUGUGAAAAAUAAAAUGCUCUGUGUAUAUCCAUUUAAGAUUAACUUUUAGGCAUAGAGCUUAACAUUUUGAACACAUUGUGCAAGGCAUGGCAGUGGGUUGAGAAUCCAAGCUGUAGUAUCUCUAUAGUCCUAUAUAGUGGCACCGUAGAAACUAAUCCCCAAAAGAUCCAUGUGCAUUAUUGCAUGAAAGCUACACUAACGGCUGAUAUAGAUUACUCUCUGUUUUAAUUGCACAGGGUCUUGACUGUUUGCAACUAAACAGGUCUAGAGUUUUCUAAAUCUGUGCCAAGCUAUGGUGUUACUAAAACAAGUAAAGCAAUAUCCAUUAACCCUAAAACAAGUAAAAAUCAUUUUUUUCCCACGUCUUUUACUUUCUACAAUGCUUUUUCUCUUUGCAUUGUUGGAUCAGAAUCCUGCAUGUCAAUGUCUUUGCAGCAUGUGCGCUAUUUGAAGUUCAUAAGAUCACAUUAUUGCUGAAUGUCUAACAGUGACAUUCCCUUUCAGGUGCGCUCCCUAGUGUUUGAUCAAAGUGGUACAUAUUUGGCUGUCGGUGGAACGGACAUCCAGGUUUACAUCUGCAAGCAAUGGGCUGAGGUUCUGCAUUUCACAGGUACUUAUACUGCUGCUUUUACUGGGGCAGAAACUGGUCUUACUCUUUGGCCUGUCAAAAGCAAACAAGCAGCUUUUUAAUUCAGGAGUAUUUUACACAGAGUGUGUUAAUACAUAACUUAAAUUAAGCUAACUUAAACCGUUUAAUAUGUUGCAAAAUUUUACCGACACGCAAAUACUGCAUAUUUUAGGUAUUGAACAAGAUAUGGGCUUUCUGUUGCAAUGGUAUUAAAUGUUUUGUUUUUUUUAUUUUUAUUUUGUGCACUGCCUAAAACUUCAAAUCCUCUGCUGCUAGCCAGGCUUUAAAUGUUACAUACCAUUGUAAGUCGUAGCAUACCUACUGGGAAGCUACAUUUUUCACUCAAAAAUGGCUAGUGAUGAGUGAAAAUUUAGAGCCUAGGUUUAAAGAUAUUGAAUGUUGUCUGAUUAAAGUAUACAAUAUGUAUUCAUACAAACACUGUGUAAUAUAAAGAAUUUCUUUUAUUGCUAACCUCUCUUCUUUUCUCAGAUCACAGUGCUCUUACAACUGGCUUGGCUUUUGGCCAGAAUGCAAAGUUCUUGGCAUCUACAGGGAUGGAUCGCAGUCUGCGUUUCUACAGCUUGUGACCUGAAAAUGCAUUCGUGCCAUGUUAAUGCUAUGUGACUACACGUUUGACACAGCUCCAGUAACAUGCUUCUAAUUCGUGACCUGUGACACGCUUCCAAUGUGCGUGUAUUGCAACAACUCUGCAGGUGGUAAAUGUAAAGUGUUGGAAGUGUAUGUUCUUUGUUCUGCUGCCUCCAACACCCUGUGUAACAGCCCAUACACCAAUAUCUUUACAUGAAUGCACGCAAUGCUGGCAGAGUAACACGCUUCUCAUGCAGUGUGGCUCCAAAUGUGUGCAUAGUAGCUGUGUAGCAUGUCUAGUAGUCUGACCAGAGGUAAAUCUUUUCCUGCCAGCCCUCCAGUCAGAUGCCUCUACAAACUCACCUUAUCUCACUUAUUCUCAUCAUUCAGCUCUUUUCUCAUUCAUGAAUCUUUUCUGCCUUUUGUUACUUCAAGGCUUUUUUAAAAAAAAUCUAAAACUUUUUCUCUCUAAGCUCUAUAUCUUCCUCGCAAUUACCAAUGUCUUUUUUUUUGUUUUGAUAUUGAUUUGAGGUUUUUGUUUUUUUUUUCUGGUAUUUUGUAUUUCUUAGUAAUAAAGUUAUUAAAAAAAAAAAAAGUGCUGUGUAAAUCUUCUUCAGACAAUGGAUUUGUCACUUUAUUUUGUAUUUAUUUUAAAGCAACACUAUAUAGUGUCAGGAACACAGACAUGUAUUCCUGACCCUAUAGUGUUUAAUUCACAAUUUAGCUGGCUUGCCCCCCUUACUCUGUUUUAAUAAAUGUUAACUCACCUUUAUUUCCAGCACCGUGCGAUUUUUGCCAACGCUGUCUCUGCCCCGAUCCGCCUCCUUGGUGACAUCCGAAUUGUCGAUUUUCAGCCAAUUCAAUGCUGUCCAUAGGGCAAGCAUUGGAUUGGCUGAUGGGGGCAGGGCCAAAUUGGCCAGUCAGCACCUCCUCAUAUAGAUUCAUUAAAUCAAUGCAUCUCUGAGGAAAUUCAGUGUGAAAAUGCUGAAUGGCAGUGCUGCCUACUGUGUAGCACUGCCCCAGGAAGCACCUCCAGAGGCCAUGCUUGAAGGGAAUGAUUAUACUCACCAGAACAUUUUACAAUAAGCUGUAGUUGUUCUGGUGACUAUAGUGUCCCUUUAACAUAAGCAUGUUCCAAACUCUGCCCUUCCGUUGUUGGCUUUUUUUUUUUAAUUAUGAAGUUAUACAUAUGGAAAAGCUUCUUCAUCUGAGGAGACCUAUAAAUGCCAUCAUGGGGUCGAUAAGGUGAUCCUAGUUUGUUGCAAAAUUGUAAAGUGCUUCAAUUAUAAUUUAUUUAUUUUUUCUUUACUUCUUUUGAAUCAACAGCAAAAACAGGCUCUGCUUGAUGGACACAUGUCUCUUUCCAGCCUUUUUAAAGUCCUGUAUUUAUAUGUAGGUGUAUGCGGUCCAUAUUGUGUCUCACUCGAUUACGAUGUAUGUAACACUACUGCAAAUGUUAAUUAAAAAAAAUAAAAUUAACUUGCUCGAGUGGAACCCUGCUACUACUUACCUCAGCCUCCUUACUCGUGCUGCUAUCUCAUAACAGAAAUGGGUGUAAUACCUACCUCGGAUCUGCCCUCCCUCCCUCCUUCUCCACUCAUUUGUUAUGCUUGGAGACUCUUCCACAACCAGGGCAAACCUCGUCCAUGAAGGUUUUGUUGCGAACAUUCCAGCAUCUAAAUGAAAUGGCGUCAGUUCCUAUAUGUCCUACCAGGGCCGGUGUUCUGUCAUUUCUGGACCCACAUCAUUUUCAGUGCGUGACACGACAGCCGCCGCCAAAAGAGCAACAUUUUGAC